AUGAACAAGAAAGCAGUGAUUGCUUCCAUCCACUUACAGGACAGAGAUUACAGGAGCUUGAAAUUCACACCACCUUCCAGAGCUCUGAAAUCACCGUGGGAUCACGACUUUUUUAUUCAUGAUGGCGUCAUAGACAACACAGCCCCAGACUUCAUAGCGUUCAAGUCACAUUUUAUUUUAUCCUGGGGAAGUAUUAUCUCUCUCUUGGAACACAUCGAGAAGUUCCUCAGGGAAUAUGCAAUACCGGAAGUCAAAAUCAAAGGGAACAGUUUGGUAGCCCUCCUUCCAGAGUUUGAGCUGAAGAAUAAACUUACCAGAAAUGACCUCCUCUCAGUGGUAGAGAACCCUCUCCCCAUCCAAAAGAUGUUAACUGUUCCUGGCCAGAGAUACAAAGGGCUAGGUGGGAAGUUAAAUGCUGCCAGCAAGAUCCAAGCCACCUGGAAAUGCUACAAAGCAAGAAAAUACUUCCACGUGUUUCGCCAGCAGAAGUGGGCGUCGGGUGUGAUUGCCAUCGCGUGGCUCUUGCAUUGCCAUAAGACACGACUGAUGAAGAUCCUGAAGGAGUCACGUGAGAGACACCUGCAGAAUUUCCGCAUUCGAGCCAAGCAUCUGGCAGCCAACUGGAAUCGCAUCAGGACCUCCAGGAGGACUAUUAUCCAUAUCCCAUCAUUAGGUUAUACCCAGCCUGUGCGACAAAAUAUUGACAACUUCGACACGCAACAGAACAUGCAGCUGGGGCGGCUGUGUGACAUCACAGAUGCCAAUGUAAGCGUCAUCUACAUCUGCUCCCACCAAAUGAAUGAAGAGCUACUUCUGUAUUACCAUAAAAUCCUGAGUCUACAGGCAGCUGUCAAAUCGGGGAACCUUGAGGACAGAAGUGACCUGCAGGACAGGUUCAAAAUUAUCACCCCUGAAGCUAUAAAGAUCUUCACUAUGAUAGAACAGCUGACUCAGCUGAUCAUCGAUCACCCAGAAAUCCAACGCUGGCUCUUUAAAAUGGACUAUGAAUUUGGAGGAAAUGGGACUGCGUUUUGUGACAUUCUUUCCCACCUCCAGUGCCGUGACUGGCUCCUAAAGGAGUAUAAGAAAUACAGCCGUGAAGACUGGCGCAAGAAAUGGGCACAGGAGCCAGCUUUGAUGAAGAUCUCCGAGGAGCUGGCGGGCCUUUUAGCACAGCACGCUCAGCCAGUCAAUGAGAAACGCUUCCCCACGUGGAGGAAAUUCCUCUCCACACUUCUCAGUCAAGGAGGUGUGGUCGAAGCAUACCCCCCUGUGGACAGUGUCACCAACCUGACGGUGGACAUGCUCAUAGAGCCCAACGGAGAAAUCAGUGUGCUGUCCACGGGGGACCAGUUGCAUGCAGAGGGCCCCUUCAUCUCCUCCGGUACCACCAUGCCUCAGGCCUCAGUGAAUUCCCAAGUUCUCAUUUCUCUGUGCCUCCAAAUUGGAAAAGCUUGUAAACUGAGAAAUGUGGUCGGUUACUUUUCUAUAGACCUGGUGACCUUUAUUGACCCAAGCACCAUGGAACAGCAGGUGUGGGCAACAGGCCUCGACCUGGCGUACAGCGACCAGCUGGCCCUGACUCAGCUCGCCUUAUACCUGACCAACGGCCACCUGGACUGCAGUAUUAGCACCCUGACAGUGCCCCCGCGCCCUCCCAAGGAAGAGAGGAAGAAGAGCCACCCGACUACCCUGUCCGUGCGGACAAAGGCAACCCAUCGCUACGCAGUGAUGACCACCCAGCUGAAGCACAACAAUAUGUCGCUGAUUUUCCCCUAUGUUUUUCUCCAGAUGUGUAAGGCCCAUGGCAUCGGCUAUGACAUUGAGAACAAUCGGUGAGGAUCUCCAGGGGGUCCUCAUGACCUUUGCUCGCAAUCUCUUCGUCAUCCAUCAAGAAAUAUCAGCACCUAAUAUGCAAGGCGAGACCAAUUUUAAGGCCAUCAUUGAUGAGGUUGAAGUCAUUCUGGGAGUAACAGAGGAAAACAAAAAGCGAU